UGUUAUUUAAUCACAAACUAGAAGUUAUUAUUGGUGCAGUAUUCACAUUAAUUCAAAAGUGAUCAUUUCUGAACAAUUGCAUCAUGCUGACCCGUUAUUCUGAGGGCUUUGAAUGAGUCCAAAACUUAAAAAGAUCCCAUUGAAAAUGGACUCGCAUAUUUCUAAAAUAAACCGCAAUGAAAUGACCUUGGAAUAACUUUUAAUUUCCAAGCCCGUGUGAAAUAAGUUGAUGCAUGUUUGCUUCUUGGAGCCUUGUGUGAUCUGUGGUGAAUCUACAAUGGUUCUGUUUAAUGCCUACAGCUCGGACAUUUCCUCAGCCAUCUGAGAACAUGAGGUUGUUGUUUUCCCCUUGGUUGAUGCAUUCGGAGGCGUGCCGGGCCGGGCCGGGCCGGGUCAGGCUCGGCUCCUUAUAGCUUCAUGUGAUCUCGAAAGGAGGCGUUAGACUGAGGAAAAAUAGUUUGUCAAGAUCCAUCCCGCAGCAGUUUAAAGCUGACCUUCUCCUCCACGGAGCUCGGUGGGAUAUUUUCGUCUCUUGCGCACUCCCUCCGUCCGGACCGUGACGAGCUGCAGAUCCGAUUAUGGGAGACGCUCAGUCUGCGCCACGGGAGGCCAGAAGCGAUGCGGUGGAGGAGAGCGGGGAAGUGAAGGAUGUGGAAACCGGGCAGGACAUUAACAACAAGGUUCUCAAAAACAAUGGACAGAUCUCUGACAUCAACAAAAAAGCAGAGAGCUCCAAAGUAGAACUGAAUGGUCACUGUGACGAUGAGAUCGCCAUAGAAGCUGCCAUUUGUCCAGACAUAGAUGCUUCAGAUCUACUAAAAGAAGAGACAACCUUAGAAAAUGAUCAAAUGAAUUUACCCGAAGUGACCGAAGAAACUUUAGACGAGCAGAUUGGACACAAUGAUGUGAUCGAAAUGGAUGCCAAGCAGAAUGACAUCAAUGAAAGUUUCAAGAAGUUUUUCAGCAACAUUGGUCUGAAACUGACAGUAAAGAGAGGCUCCACCGACAAGGGUGCAGUACCUGUAGGUGUGGCGAUGGAUGGACCGAGCAAACCAAGAGACAUUAAGGUUGAAGAUACUGCAAGUGAAACAAUUGGGAAUGCUCAAGAAAACACAGAUUUUAACACAGCAGAGGAGGCAGUGGAAAAUGAUUCAACAGUAUGCCAGGCACUGACAGAUGUUACACAUGAUGAUUUUCAGGAACAAGAAGAGAAAACAGCAGAAACCAAAGAGCAAAUGACAUCUCAUGAUGCAGGAAUAUCUUCACCUCUCAGUGAGGGUGCUACACAGCAAGAGGAUCCACGUCCAGCAUCUCCAGCUAGCCUUGAUGAAACUGCAAGUCUGUUUAAAAAGUUUUUUACAACUGGAAUCUUUUCUGGUCUUCGAAAGAAAAAGAAGCUUGAAGAUGAUGAGGUAGGUGAGAAAGCACUGGUAGAAGGGGAAGAAAAGCUGACCCAGGCCGCACAUGAUCAACAACAUGAUGAAGGCGUUACUCCAGGUGUGGACGCAGGUAAAACUGAGAAUGAGUUUCAUGAAGAGAAAACUAAAAAGGAAAACCUGAUUGCCAAAUCAGCUAAAGCCCAGGAUGAAGCCAAAGCACCAUCUAUUGUUGUAAAUGAAAUUACAAACUCUCGGGAAAUUGUUCAAGAAAGUCCCCUGAAAAGGCUUUUGUCAGGCUCCAGUUUAAAAAAACUCAGCAAAAAGCAGAAAGACAGAAAGUCCAGUGACGCAAACCUGUCCGACUCUGGAGAACACAUUUCGGAUCAGCUUCUGUCAUCUGCAGAGUCUGCUGAAAAUAAGAAAGUGGAAACUCUGGCCCAAACGUCUGCCGAGGCAUUAAGUGGGGAAGAUGGGGCUUGGUUUUCCUUCAAAAAACUUGUGACUCCCCAAAAGAAGAAGAAGGCCUAUGUGGAUCAUGAAGAGGGACAAAUUCCAAGUUCAAGAGAUGGAGCGAAAUCAAGUGAAGGAGAGCAAAUAUCAGAUCACAGCAUAGAAGAGGAGAAAAGGAGAAAAGAUUCGUCUGUGUCAUGGGAAGCUGUGUUGUGUGGAUCUGGAAGGAGAAGAAGUCGGAAAACUUCAGACUCCGAGGAUGAGACACCUCAUAUUGAUAGUGAAGAUAACAAGCAAAACGGUGAAUCUAAAGAAGCACCAUCAGGAACUUCUAAUGAGAUGCAGGAGAUCCUGGCUUCAUCCCCAAAACAGACAGGAAGCCCUCCAGAGGGAGAUGAAGGCUCAACAUGGAGAUCAUUUAAAAAACUUGUUACUCCAAAACGAAAAGUAAAGGAUGAAGAGGAAAGUAACAGUGAAGAGGAUUCUGCCUUUUCCAUAAAGAGACUCCUGUCAGGACGAAAAGCAAGGAAGUCUCUUGAUGUUUCUGCUGAUGAGGUUAGCAAAGAGGCAAGUAUCUGUGAUGAGGACUCUGACACACCUGCUGUGGUUCCACUUUCUGAAUUUGACUUACCUGAAACACAAGCAGAUGCAGAAAAAGAAAGUUAUAUAGUAAAAGAAGCAGACAGUAAGCCUCAAAUAGACAUCAAGAUCAAACAGGAAGGCCAGGUCCAGGAUACUGUGCCCAUUGAGACUAUAGAGAUUCCAGUCAAUGAAGGAGCUUCAGAAAAAGAGGCUUCAUCAGCUGCUGCAACUAAUGAAGAUGAGCUCACAGACUCAAGCAAGCAUCAACAACUCAGUGAUAUCCCAGAGGAGGGGGUCCUUACAGAGAACACCCCAGCCUCAUAUGCAGAGGAGGCAGCAAAAGAUGAAACCAUAGCAGAGGACCUGUUGGAGAUCACAUCUGAGGCCAUAACUGCUCCAGAGCCAGCAGACGUUACCCUGGAAGAUGAAACAGAGAUGGUGUCUGCAGUUUCCCAGUUAAUAGACUCUUCAAAAACAUCUGGCAACACAACACCUGUCCCAAUAGAGUACACUGUCAUGAACACUGAGUUCCUCCUGCAGCAAGUUUCUGAGACUAUCUCCGUAAGCUCGAAGGCAGUUCCAGUCUGCUUAGAGGAACCGAGCCCUGAAAGAGUUGUUUGUUCAGUCUCACAUCAAAUUCUUCAAUCAUCAGAGUUAGACCACCCCAAAAUACUGGAAAUACACAGAGGAUCAGACGCAACAAGCAUAAAGACAGGCUUAAAUACUGAAGGAAUUGAUGCAGUGAACAAAGUCGCAGCAACAGCCCAAGCCGAGAGCAUAUCUCACCUUAAUGAAGCUAUUUCUACAGAAAUUGCUUCAGAAAUUCCUAAAGAGGAGCUUGAUACUGCUGAGUCUGCUGCAGGUGAAGUCUGUGAAGUAAAUGUUUCAGGAUUACAAAAAGACAUUAAAGAUUUGCAAAUUACUGCAAAUAACCAACAUGUUGUUGAAGAUGCAGGGGAUGUAGGUGUAAAAGUAGUGUCAACAGAGAGUUUACCUAAAGGAGAAGAAGCUGCAGAGGUUUUGACCAAUCAAGCUGAAAAUAGCAUAAGAAAAACACACUCUGAAGAAGAAUUAGUUGUUACAUCAGCAGCUGACACUGAGGAACCAAGUUGGAAGGAGGUACACCAAAAUUUGACUGAGGAGGACAUUGAAACCAAAGAAAAGGCCUUUGAGCAAACUCAAAAUGAGGCUCAACCUCCUGCUACAGUGGAUGAGCUGGAAGAGCUGGUUGGAGCAGAAAUAGCUGAGUUGACCAAUGAAGAGUUUAAUAUUCAGUCACAUGAAGAAGGAUCCCCAGAGAACAUUCAACUAACUGAAAUACUGUCACAGGAUCUCACUGAAGUAACCAAAGAAAACAAAGAACCUCAAAUAGUUGAAGCUAAACUUGACCAAAGUCCAGAAAAAGAGAUAAAAGAGGACAUGGUUCAGACACUCAACACAGAAGUAUCAGUUUCAGAAAAUAUUUCAACAGCUGAAAUGGAUACAGAUGAGCCAAAACUCGUAGAGUCUCUCCCUGUGAGUGAGGAGGCAGAAAAGAAAGAACCACCAAAUUAUCAGUCCAAAGUUACAGAAGAAUUAGAACGUUUUCAGCCACCAACAUUAGAAGAUGCAGCUCAGUCCUUCAAUAAGGAAGAACAAUUGUCAGAUGAUCCAGCAGCUGAAACAGAUGAAGAAGAAUCCAAACAGGUAGAGUCUCUAACUGAAGUAACCGACGAGGUGGAGAGGAAGGAGCCACAAAUAGCUGCUGCACAAACUGACGGCUCUGAAGUUACAGAAGUAUUAGAAAUUGUUCAAGCUCCAACAUCAGAGUCAGAGGAGAAUGCUGUCCAUUCAUUUCAUAAAGAAGUAUCAUUGCCAGAUUUUUCACCAGCUGAAAAACAUACAGAAGAAUCCAAACCACUAGAGUCUCUCACUGAAGAUGAGCAAGAACAUAAAGAGCCAGAAAUGGAUGAAACCCAAAUAUAUCAGCCACAAGUUACAGAAGGAUUUGAAGGAGUUCAAGCUCAAACAUUAGAGUCACAGAAGGAUGUUCUCCUGUCCCUUAAUAAGGAAGUAUCAUUGUCAGAUAUUUCACCAGCUGAAACAGAAGCAUUUAAACAAGUAGCAUCUCUCAGUGAAGUCACUGAUCAGCAAGUAGACAAAGAGACAAAAACUGAUGCAGCUCAAACAGACAAUGCUGAACCUAUAGAAGAAUUAAAAUCUUUAGAAACACCAACAGUGAAGUCGGAAGAUGAAGUUGUUCAGUCCAUUACUAAAGAUACUGAAACAGAUAUACAGUCCGACAAAUCAGAAGACAAAGAGCCACAAACAGAUGCAGCUCGAUCUGACCAUGUUGAAAAGUUAAUAUGUGCACAAGCACCAAUAUUUAAUUCAGAAAAAGAUGCAUUUCAGGCAGUGUUGUUCUCUGAAAACAUUUCAUCUGCUGUAACAAAUAUAGAGGAACCUGAAAUGGUAACAUUUCUCUCUGAAGUACACGAAGAGCAAGAUGACAAAGAGUCACAAACAAAAAUUCAUACAUUGGAGUCUUCUGAAGUUACUCAAGCUUCUGAGGUUAAAGAAUCCAUAAAUGUUGUACAAGAAGCCAUAUUGGAGUCAGAAGGAAGUAGAGUCGAGGUUCUGGAAAAAGACGUAACACCUCAUGAGACUGUACCAAAAGCAGAAACAGUUGAAGAGAAACCAAGAGACAUACAAGAAUGUCUGACGCAAGGUAUCGUUGAAGCGAAAGAUGCUCUUGAAACUGAGUAUGCUCAGGAAUCAGAAGCUGCUGUAGCUCCUUCAUUGGAUCAAGAGGCAAUUAGCUCAGAAGCAUGUGAUGUGGAAGUGAUAUCAUAUGAUACUCCAGCAGAGGAAAUGAUCACAGAAGAACUAAUUAUGACAGAGUCAAAAGAACCUCCAUCUGUGGAACUAGAAGGUUUACCUCCUAACACACAUGAUAUUACCUCAGAUGUAGAGACAUGUCAACCAACAACUGCACCAAGUGAUGAAGAAAGCAAGACUCAAGAACUUGAACAGCAAACAGUGCUUCAAGAUGUUCCACAGCCAGAAGACACUGACAUUGUUACAGAAGAACCAGAGAGGAAACCAGAACGCCAGCUAGAUCAGGAAACUGAUGCUAAACGACGUGAUGCUAAGGUUGGGCAUGAAGAAAAUGUUCUUAAAGAUUUAGAGGGGUUACAAGCCUUGACAGCAGUUCACAUAUCUUCAGUUAACGAGGACCCAAGGAGGGUCCUAGAAAAAACAACAUGUCUUGAGGAAACCCAGCCAGACAUGGAUGAAGUCUCAGAGGAAUCCAAAAACGAAGGGGAUCUCAGUGAGCAGCAGGAGAUGGUAGAGGAGGAAAAGACAGGCCUGCUUUCACAUGCUGAGAUAAAGGUGGCGUCAACUAAUUAUAACAUCAUAUCACAUAAAGUUAUGAAUAAUCUUGAACAUGUUUCAACUGAGAAACUUAAUGUCAUGGUUCGAGAAGAUUUGAUGGGCAAAAUAGCCAGUGAGACAGAAUUCAUUGAUACAGUAGAGACUACAACACAGUUAGUGUCAGACGAAAUAAAUCAGGUAGCAGAGCCUAGCAUUGCUGUUGUGACGAUGCGCGUGCCGUCUGUGGAGAUCGAGGUAAAUCACAAAGUUCAGGUACACGUGAUGAAUGUUGAUAUCAGAUCAGCCAAGAAUGCAGUUGACACAGUGAUCCAGGUAGGCAUUACAGAAGAUAAGGAAGUCAUUGAUGUGUGCCAUGAAAGCAUUCAGGAAGUAGAGAACCUCUCAGCCACUGCAGGAAUUGAAGGAGAAACUACUAAUGAAGAAAUCCAGGUGACGGUUCAAGACGUUAUGCAGCAUGUGACGAGUAACUUACCAGAAACAUCAUCUAAGUUGGCCACGGAAAAUGUAGAACAAGUCAUUAAACAGUCAGAAACCAUGACAGAAGUAUGUGAGACAGAUCAAAAGGAAUCCGUUGAGACAGAAGAUGGGAAGGUGAUCAAUGUUGGCAGUGAGGCGGUCAUUGAAAGACCAGGUGAAGAGGCUGCGGUCAUUAUUGAGAACUCUGGAAUCACAGCUGAGCAAGAAGGCCUUGAAGAAUCCAAGGUACCAUCCAUUAUUCCACAAAGCUCAGAUGUCUCCAUCAAGGAUCACAAAGAGGAUUUGGAGGAAGUUAAAGAUGAAGAGCUAGAAGUAUGCACUGCAGCAAGAGAUGUAAGUGCAGAGGAAUUGGCUGGAAAAGGCCCCAAAGAAAGCACCAUGGAACCUCUGCCAUGUCCUCAAGGACAGAUCGCCACACCAGGCAAUGCUAGAUUAGCAGUCCCCCAAAGCACUGGAGUAAUCUCAUCAGUAGGGAACCUUGACUCCCCCUCUAGUCUGUCCUUAGAAUUCAAACUGAAUAUACAGUUUGCUCAAGCUAAAGCCCCAACAUGGCCCUCCGCUGUAUCUACAGAAAGAAUCGAACCUGUGAAACACGCGGAUGUUUCUGAAGCUGGCGUUUACACAGAAGAGUCAGUACGUCAAAGAGAUGAAUGCAAGAAACAGACAGAGUUAAACGAGGUUGCAGUGCAGGCAACCAGUAUCACAGAACCAGAUGCCAGCUCACACUUAAUCCAAAGGGCUGUGAUUGCAAGUCAGCCAGUGCUACAAGAUGUGGGUAUCCAAGCAGUGGAAACAACAGACAUGGUGGAACAAAUCCAAUCUACUGAAAGAGCCAUCCCAAAGGUCCAGGUAGUGGAGGUUUUCCAAUCAGCAAGACAAGAGAAGAGAACAGUGCUCGUGAGUAAGCCUCUGACUUUCAGACAAUCAGAGGAGGAAAACGAUCAAGAUGUGUGGCUGGACGCAGAGGAGGACAUUUAUGCACAGCAGGAAACACAGACAUCCAGAGAUAAGGUGGAUGAACAUGUCAAGCUGCAGAGUGAAAGUGAACAAAAGGAUGAAGCAGAGCCUGAGCUGGAGUUUGAGAUGGCAUGUAGCCUGGAGACUGAGGACACAGAAAGCCAACGAGAUGUGCUGAAAAAAGAGACGUGUGAAAUAGAAAGUGAAGGGGAGGAUUUCACUGUUGCACUUGAAGACCUGGGAACCAGUGUCUCUGCAAUGGAAUAAAACUAAUCCAACUCUGGGGUUAAUGACAGGUUGGACAAUCAUAACCUAAUCAUAAUCUAAAAGUCACUACAGCAUUUCCUGUGACAUUGAGUUAAUCAAGUAAUAUUCCCAUAUUUAGUGGUGAUACCAUCCUUAACUCAGAAAAUAACGUUAAUUAUAAGGAGGUGUGGUUAGAGAAGUUUGGACAGGGUUAACCUUCUCAGGGUGAAUGCAGUGUGAUCCACGUCAACCUCUCACUAAAACACAGCUGUUCUACAGUGUGCGAUUUAGACUACUAAUCAUGUGCGACCUUCCUACUUUUGUUUAACAUAUUUUUUUGAAAAGACAAACAUUAAUUUUAACUGAGCAUCUGAGAGAUUCAGAAGCAGCGUUUAUGUUUGUACUGUCUGACACUGCUUUUUAUAUACUAAUCUAUGUAGAUAUUUCACAGCAUUUCCUAUUUAUGGUCUCAUGCAUUUCAUCAUUUAGUCUUUUAUUUCACCUACGGAGCCUUGAUAAAAGAUUCAUGCUCCCUGAACGUUUUCACAUUUUGUCAAGUAACAACCACAAACCUAAAAGUAUUUUGUAAUUAUUUUACACAUGGUUCUUCCUUUUUUUUUUUAUCAUCUGAAAAUAAUCAGAAAAUUGUGGAAGUAAUUUAUAUUUAACAUCUCAAAUCAGUAUUUUGUAGAACAAACUUUUCCUGAAAAUACAGCUGCAGGUCUUUGCACAACUAGAGACUGCAUUUCUUUUCCAAUUUUGCUUCACAAAAUAGCUCAAACUCACUCAGAUUGGAUAGAGAUGGCAAUCAAGCCUACCACAGCUUCUCCAUUAGAUUCAGUCUACACUUCUACUUGGCUAUUGAUCCAGGUUAUUCCAUAGCUCUGGGUACUCAACCCCAAUCUUAAAUCGAAGAGAAAAACAACUCCACACUAUGAUGUUCCCACCACACUACACUGUGGGGAAGGUAUUUCAGGUGAAAGGCAGUGUUAGUUUCCAUCAGAUAUAGGUUUUUUUUUAUAUGUGGGCCAAAAAGUUUAAAUUUGGUCUUGCCUACCACAACACAUUCUUCCAUGUAUUUGCUGUGUCCACUACAUGACGACGACUUGCCACUCUUUCAUAAAACCGCCAUAUCUUGGUAGGUUUGCAGAAGUGCCAAACCUUUCCAUUUUCAGGUGAUGGACUGACCAGAACUCUUUGAGAUGUUCAAACCUUGGGAUAUUGUUUUUAAAACAGAACUUCUUCACAAGAACAACAAGUUGCACUGGAUGUAGUUUAGUGGUGGUUGAGUUAAGGGCCUGGAUACAGAAUCACACCGCACCUUUGAGAUGUAUUUGUAAACAAUGUUCAAACCCUCUUCGAUGUUCUGCCAUUUCACAAUUAUGAACUAUUUUACGUUGCUCUAAGCAUAAUAAAACACAAUGAGGUUUGUGGUUCUAAUUUGACAAUUUUUAAAAUGUUCAUGGGGGAAUUAAUUUUUUAAUGCUCUAAAAGUUGUUUUAGGAAACACAACUGACACCUAAACAUGCUUCAGAUACGUUAUUAUAUUCUAUCUUGUACAUAAUGUCUGUUUUAAAGCCUAUACAGGCUAUACAAUCCAUAUUUGCAAUCAAUAGGAAAUACUACUGUCAAUUUUAAAACUAAGUGGAUAGAGAGCAUGCCAUAGCACUGUAGAGAAGUUUGAUAUUUAAUGUACCCAAAUACUGAUGUUUGAGUACUAGGAUUGUAACCUGCAGAGCCUUAAUCAUGAUAUUCCUCACUUCUUGUUGCAUUUUUCUGCCCAAACAUCUGUAAAGCAAUGAUAAAAGGAUAAUCUUCAUACAGUCAGCUCGGUAUUCCAGCUGAAGGACAAAACGUGCUGUUGAACUGGUCUUUAUCUUCGUUUCAUUCCAUGUAUUCCGAUUUUAAAGAAAUUCCUCACGUCAAAAGCGGCCAGAUAUAAAACACAACCCUGAGAUGCCUUUAUUCACGUAUCGGCAAGAUUUUACUAUUAAAAUUGUUUUAUUUGAAUAAAAUAUCUGCACCUAUA